AUGGGAGGAUGCCUCUCCAAACCCAAACCAGUUGAGGUCAAAGUGGAGCUCACACCUCUGGAAAAGGAGAAAGAAGCCGAUAUGAUGUCUCCGAACGGGAAAGCCAGUCCAUUUUCUGACUGCCGGCCCAACGGUGCCCUCGGACACUGCUCGGACGAGGACUCUGCCGUCAUGCUCCGACCGUACCAUAAACACCGCGACUAUGUGGAAGCAACUGUCUGUCACGUGAAAGAUAUCGAGAAUGGACAGAUGCGUGAGGUGGAUCUUGGAGCUGGCAGAGCUCUGCUCAUAAAGGAACACGGAGAGUUUUCUGCCAUCGGACACAAAUGUCCACAUUACGGCGCCCCGCUGGUCAAGGGUGUCUUAUCCAAGGGACACGUGCGAUGCCCGUGGCAUGGGGCUUGUUUCAACAUUGCCACUGGAGACAUUGAGGACUUUCCUGGUCUGGACAGCUUGCCAACCUUCCAGGUCAGAGUUGAAAAGGACAAAGUUAUCAUUCGGGCAAACAAGCAGGCUCUUCAAACACAGAGGAGAACAAAGGCCAUGUCAAAGUGUUCGGCUGUCAUCAACUCCAGCACGGGGUUCAGUCAUGUUCUUAUCAUCGGCUCAGGACCUGCUGGUUUGGUGUGUGCCGAGACGUUAAGGCAGGAGGGCUUUACCGAUCGUAUCGUUAUGUGUACGAUGGACAAACAUCCGCCUUAUGACAGGCCUAAACUGAGUAAGUCCUUAGAGAGCACGGCCGAACAACUCCGUCUGCGAUCCCUGGAGUUUUUCCAGACACAUGACAUCGAGCUGUUACUGGAGAAAGAGGUUGUGUCCGUUGACGUGAAGACGAGAACGGUCAUGUUUCAGGAUGGCUUUAAAAUGGAAUACAGGAAGCUGUUGAUAGCUACGGGAAGCAAGCCCAAGCCACUCAACUACAAAGGAAAAGACGUGGGGAACGUCUUUCACCUCAGGACUCCGGAGGACGCCAACAGCAUCGCCCGGCUGGCCAGCAACAAGAACGCCGUCAUCGUGGGGACGUCGUUUAUCGGUAUGGAAGUGGCAGCGGCGCUCACAGACAAGGCCCACUCCGUGUCAGUAAUCGGCAUCGAGGCUGUGCCUUUCCGGAAAGCUCUCGGGGAGAAAGUCGGCAAAGCUCUGAUGAAGCUGUUUGAGACGAACAGGGUCAAGUUCUACAUGCUCAACGAAGUGUCCGAAAUGAGAGAGCAUCAUGGACAGCUGAAAGAGGUGGUUCUGAAAAGUGGUAAGGUGCUGAGAGCGGACGUCUGCGUGAUCGGCACAGGAUCAGGUCCAGCGACUGGAUUCCUGAAACAGAGUGGGAUACAUCUUGACUCCAAAGGAUUCAUCACGGUUAACAAGACUAUGCAGACAAACGUGGACGGUGUCUUUGCCGGAGGAGACGCGGUCACGUUCCCUCUCUCUCUCCGCAGUAAUAAGAAAGUGAACAUCCCACACUGGCAAAUGGCCCACGUGCAUGGGAGGGUGGCAGCGCUUGGCAUGAUGGGGAAGGCCACUGAGAUUAAAACCGUGCCUUUUUUUUGGACCGCCAUGUUUGGGAAAAGCAUCCGCUACGCAGGUUAUGGGGAUGGCUUCGAUGACGUCAUCAUCCAGGGAGAUCUAGACGAGCUGAAGUUUGUGGCGUUUUACACCAAGAGUGAAGAGGUGGUCGCAGUGGCAAGCAUGAACUAUGAUCCCAUUGUGUCCCGUGUGGCAGAGGUCUUUGGGUCUGGAAAGACGAUUAAGAAACGGGAUGUGGAGACAGGGGACAUGUCAUGGCUGAUCGACAAGGGCGCACAAUAA